GACUUGACAAAUGAGAUUCGGAUGUCCUUGCUCAGGGAGCGCUUCGCCUUGAAGACUUCCGCUUGCAAGGGCGAGGAGGAGGCUGCGACGAUGCUCGGCGGUUUGCAGCGCAAGUUCUGCGCCCUUGGACUGACGGCCGCAUUGACCUCCAAGACGCUGCACAAUUGCGUGGACACCAUUGAGCGGUUUGUGAAGAAUGCCAUCUCACAGGCGGAUGUCGAUCAGACGGAGUGGGACAAGGACGUGUUGCUCGAGCUCCGGGUCUCGUUGAUGUUCGCGCGGCCCCCUGUUGGGGUUCUGCAGGCAUGGGGGCCUCCAUUGCUCCGCCAGGCCUUGAUGAUGAAGGAUUCGCUGGAUAUGCUUCCGUCGCUCUUCUCGAAGUUCCCAGUGCACGGCCAGGGCAUGAUCGCCGUCUUGGAGACCAGAUUGCAACUCUUCGAGGGCAUCGAGGCGUGGUCGCGCCAGAUGCAACAGACGGCCCUCGCCUGGAAGCAGAUAGCUGAGGCGAGUGAGACAUGGGCCAUCGCGGCAGAUCCGCCCCUCGUGCAGAAUUCUAUCGCGUCGAUUGCUGACCUGUACAAGGACUUCCACAAGGCCAGCCUGGAUGACAAGGCCUUCCUCGGGCGUGCCUGCCCAGGCGCAGCCGCAACCUUGCACGCGCAUGAGGCGGGCGCGAUCAAGACAUGCGUGCGCGUCCUCCUGCCCAUGCGGGUCACAGCCAUGGAAGCCGCGUUCUCCGCCAGGCAGUGCAGCGAGAGCGAGUCAAAGAUGAUGUCCUCCUGCAAGGCGUCGUCGGUGCAUGGGUCAUCGCCGCCAGAGGCGGCCGCUCUCCGCGGCGACGCCGAGCUUCUCAUCAUCAUGCAGCAGUGGUCCUCGCAUUGGGAAUCCGACCUUCGUUUGGCCAUCGCCGGCGAGUGCAAGCAGCUGGGCGUCGAGCGCGCCCGGGAGCUCGCAGACCUCGCGGCGAACUUGAAGGGCAUCUUCGAGAAGUUGGCGGACUUGGCCCCCGUGGACGGCGACCCCGCGGACUGCGUGGAGCUCUUCGCUGGCGUGUCCCGCGUGAUCACUGGCGCGCUGACCCCAGCCUUGCAGGCGCACUUCGCGUCCGCAGUCGAGAAGCCCCUCGCAGAGGCGAUCGCUUUCUACGCGGCGGUGGACAAGAUGUUUGCGGACAUGAAGCGCAAGGGCACGAAGUUGGACGAUGAUUCGUUCGAGCUGGCAAAGCACGUCGCCGCGUUCGAGAACAAGGAGGACUGCUUCAAUGCGAUCGAGAGUGUCGCAGUGGAUGCCAUUUCGAAGGAGCGUGUCCUGUUGCUGCGCAAGCUCACGUCGGUCGGCUUCAACGUCUCGCGGGUCAUAUCUCUCAUCGGAGAUGAUGGCGCGAUUCCGCUUGGGGGCGAAGGCUUGGCCAUGUCUGCGGGUCGCCUGGUCACCAGCCUGGGGGCCUACCGCACUUGGACAACUCAUUUCACUGGGUCUCUGGACGCGCUGGCGACUGGAGAACUCACCGCCGAGAUGGCCCUACGUGCGAAGGACCACGUCGGCGCGGCGGAGGAGUUCGUGGCGUUCUUCACGAAGGGGUGCACCAGGCAGCUGAAGAACUUGACCGAACAGGCCGAGGACGCCGCGCCCGCCGACGCUCUCUUCGAGGACCGGAGGUUGCUUGUCGACAAGGGCCUUCAGAAGGCGCUGAAGGCUUCCGUGAAGAAGCUCUCGGACACCAAGGUGUUGGCGAAGGUCACAGAGGCGAUCGACCAGAUCAAGUCCAUGGAUGACAACGGGAUGCAGGUGAAGCCGUCGGUGAAGGCGUCGCUGGCCCAGGCGAGGCGCAUGGCCAAGCUGGCGGUCGGCGUUGCCUGGGCCGUGGAGGCCAUCAGCGGCUUCGCGCCGAAGGAGCCAGGCGACAUGGCACAGCAUGCGGAGUUGGUCAGGAAGAAGCUCGCUGAGAAGAGCUUCGCGUGCCACGACGACUCGAGCAAGGCUGCGAAGAAG